AUGGCAGAACCCAGAGGCGCGGCCGCCCGUCUGCGGCGCACAUUCCACUACCCCACGGACGACGACUCUGCAGACUCUCAGCCCGAAGCCAUGGACGAAGAAGAACAGGAAAUCCUCAUCCAACGCCUCGCAGACGAAAACGCCGCCCGAAACGCCCAGUUCAACACCCUCCUCCUCGCCCUACCCCUCCUCGCGACAGUCCCUUACAUCGUUUCCAUCCUCCGCCUGUCCGCUCCUUUGACCUCCCUACUCUCCAUCACAUCACUCCUCUCGACCGCCUACCUCCUGCGCACCCAGCCCCCUGGCAUCACUGGCAUCACCUUGCUCGACGUUUGGUUUCGCCCCAAGACGCCGCGCGCCAGCCCCUCCUCCUCGAUCGCCUCGUCGACCUCGUCCGUCUCGGCCGCGUCGUCGUCGUCGUCGUCAUCGUCGUACCAGCCGAUACGGGCACCGAUGCGGACAAGACCUAGGAGGAGCUCCUUCUCGUUCGUCGAGGACCACAAGUCCCCGCUCGAGACGUACCUGCCCUACCUUAACUUCGGGCUCUGCGUCGUGCUCGUGCUGACGGGUCUCGUAACGCGGUCCGGCGAGAGACACACGCUUGGCCACGUCGGGCUGGGGAACCUACCGGCCAUCGUGUACGUCGUGAUUCUCAUCGCGAAGGUGGUCAUGGGCAGCGUGGACCCGGAAAAGGAGCUGGCCGCACUCAGAUACGACUUCAAGGGCGCGUGA